AUGUUUCCUCCAUGUGAUCACAUCUCUACAGAUACGGAUGUGGGACAUAAUUUUUGUAAAAAUAAAGAAACGUUGCCGGUACCAGAAUGCGCGAAAGAGUGCUUGAAAGGUUACGGGAAGACUUACGAUGAAGAUAGGGUACAUGUGUAUGCAGAUUUCGCUAUCUACAAAAGCGGAAUAUACGAAAGAGUCCUGGAUCGCAAAAACAAAAGGCUGGCCCCACAUACUGUCAAAAUCAUUGGUUGGGGUGUAGAAAAUAUGAAUGGUAGAGAUGUGAAGUAUUGGCUGAUUUCCAAUUCAUGGGGCCCUAGAUGGGGAGAAAAUGGAUUCUUCCGCAUGAUCCGUGGAGAAAACCAUUGUCUAAUUGAAUCCGAAGUCGUUGCAGGCCAAAUGACUCCGUAAAUCAUUGCUUCCAACAAUUUUUACGGUUUCAACGGUUUGAAUAAAGCCUCCAGCUAAGCGCUUCUAAUAUUUCUGCAUCCUAUCAUCUGUCUUAUGCUGAUGUCUACAUUUGGUCAAGUUCUGGGAU